GAAAUUGCCUCGGCGAUUCAGUACAGUCAGUAGAGAAGCAGCUCGCGCCUGGAUUUCAGUGUCGGAGCAACUGGUCCACGUCGUUAAGCCGCGGCAAACAAAAAUUCACGCGAAAGGAAUGUAAUCUCCGCACGAAUGACCGAUCUCUUACCCGUGUACGACGCGCUGCAAUACAGAUAAUCAUCGAUCACCCACUGACCAGGGGACAAGCGCGUAUCGGCAGCUAUUAAAGCGCCUGUAGAAGCCGGAGACCAGGCGUCUGUAAUCGAUGGGUUGAGAACGCGAAAUUCGUGCUUUUCAGCUUUCUUCUCUUCUUGUAACCAAGGUGUAUAGCUUACCGAUGAGCCAUGCUGAAGGUAGUAGGAGCCUCCUGGCUGCAGACACGCAUCUCCACUUACAUUCUCAUCGCCGUAGCUCUACUGGGAGUUGGUGCUAUAAUUUUCGGUGAAUUCGGACAUGUCGAACAAGAUGGUACUUAUUCGGCCACCGUAUCGUGGAACCGUAAAGGAGGGUACCGUAUUGACUUUUGGGGCCAAGGCAAUGAUCUAUCUGCCGUGCCAUUUCACGCUGCCCGAGCGUAUUAUAAAACUGGGAUUUUCGAGCAUGGAUGGUCUUACAUAGAAAUAGAAACAUCGUCAAAAUAUCCGGAUACCGUGCAAGCUUACGCCGCCGGGCUGCUGGAAGGCAGCCUCACUUGGCAAUUAAUUCAUCAUCACUGGUACAACACUAUAAGGCCUGAAUGCGAAGCGAAGCCCGCCGAAUGCCAAAAGUUAAAGCAUUAUCUUCGAGACAAUACUGCCAUUAUCCGCGAAUACGCUGAACUCAAGGAAGCCAACGACCCUUUUUGGCACAUGGUACGAUUAUUUUACAUGCAAUUGGACGGUCUGGAAGCUGGAUGGAAAUUCGCCGUACGUCGGAGCCGCGUGUCGGUAUCAUUAGAACAUGAAGAUUUUCUUUGGCUCGCUCUCGCUUCCGAUUUACCCGGCUUCCAACAAGUAUUCAAUAUUUCUGAGCCGCCAAUGAGCUCCACGAUCUUUUUCAAGUUGCUUCCAAUCGGAAACUCGGAUCCUUUAAUCGCGAUCGGUCAACAGACAACAGCACCAUAUACUCAAAUGCUGAGACUCCUAAAGAAGUACACGUUCGGCUAUCAUGUAUCACCUACAAUAAAAACAGCCGCGUUAACGCCCGGUCGGUCGAUUGUAAUGUCGUCUUACCCUGGAGCGUUAUCAUCCCGAGACGAAUUCUACCUAAUGUACGGAGAAAACCGUGAACUUGUUGUUGCUGGGACACCUUUAUUAGUGACUAAUCGGAGCGAAUGGAGCUUUUUGUACCCGAAAGAUUAUGUAAUGCUCACCGUGAAACUGAUGGCAGCGAAUCGGCUGGCGACGGGCAGUCAGUCCUGGUUCAACACGAUGUCCCAUCCGAACGGUGGUGCUUCCGCGAUGCAAUGGAUUAGCUUUGAGCCACGUUCGAUGAAUGUUCUUCUGAUGGAACAAUUACCGAAGAUCACCGUCGGGACGAAUUACACCGAGGAUUUCAGAAAAAACGGUUUCAUAUCGUAUGUCGGCCUCUCGAACUUCCAGUGCAUCAGGGACACCGUACAACCCGGCAAGAAGGACGCGAAUCUCACCAAAACUUGUUUAACGCGUCUGGAGAACGUCACCACGCUCGAGAAGUUUGGAAGCAUGAUGCGUGGGUGCAGCCAGGAGGAUCGCGCACAAAAUUUGAAAAUUUCAGAUCCGUUGCAGAAAUUGACGGAACGCAAAGAUCUGGACGACGACGAGGCGCCGUACGGCGUCAUAGACACGAAGAUUUUUGCGAUCGGUGUGGACGGCAUCGAGAGCUUCGAGGUAACUUCCGGUCCGAGCACGAUGUUCAAGUGGUCCGAGAGUUUCCCGAAUAUUUCGCAUGUAGGCCACCCGGAUACAUUCAACUUCGAAAGCGUUACGCCGAAAUGGGUGUGGAUCUGACUAAAUCUCGUUUAAUUAACACUGUCCACAUACGACUAAUAUCUCUCUUUUCUAACUUUUUAAAACCACACAAUUAAUAUAAGCACGAUACCCGCCAAUUCCUCGCAAUCGGAUCUUCCUUUUACUUUAUAUAGGUACAAUUUUUAGGAUUGAGUUUUUAAGUAUUUUUGUAAUUGGCUCAUAUGUUAGCUACCUGUG